CCAAGAACCCGCGAAAUUCUUCAUGAAGUUUUGAGCGUAAUAGCAAUGGAUGCCAGUGCCGUUGAGCAUGCAACUAUUGCAAUUCAGGACCCUGACGGUAGGGAUCCAGAGUUGGAAUCAGAGAUUCAUUACUCACAAGAUGCUGGCUCAGCUACUGGAGAGGGGAUGCGGGAACUUGGAAGCGCUGGAGAAGUUCUAACAAGAGUGGAACUGGAUUUGGUUUUCUGUUCCGAGAAGUUGGUAAACUUGGAUGUGCUUUUGAUGCAUGUGGCGGCAAGGGAAAGUGAUUUUGAAGCUAUAACCGUAGAGAGUGACGAUGUUUCAGCCGACUCUGUUGAGAAGGCAAUGGAAUUCAAUCUUUUAUCUGUAGUCUUAGAUUCAGAGGUUAGGGAGCUGGAUAAUUUCAUGGAAUAUCUUGAAAGAGAAAUUGUGGAUGCCCGUCAGAAAAUAUCUUCGUGCGAGCACUUGCGAGAUGCUUUCCCAGAAAUGGAACAGAAGUUGCACGACUCUGAAGAAUCUUUGAAGCAGUCGAAAGACCAAGUCUCUGAGUUGGGGACGCAAUCUGCCAAGUUCCAGAGGACUUUGAUAGCAUAUAGCGGGCUAGAAAAUUGGAAUGAUGACAAGGGUGCUGAGUUUUCUGAAAGCAAUCAAUUUUCAAACAUUAAUUCCAAGUUGAAAAUGCAGACUACUGAACAACGAAGACAUAUUCUGAGCAUGCUGGAGAAAUCCUUGGCAAGGGAGCUUGAUCUUGAAAAGAAGCUAUCAGAAUCAAGACAAAAUGAAGAAGAGCUGAAAUUAAAGCUACACUCUAUGGAACAAGAAGUGUUCUGUGUGGAAGAAGCUGAGGAGAUUGUUUUGGAGAGAUUAUUUGAAGCAGAGAGUACUGCUGAGAUACUGAUGGGAAUUUCAAAAGAAAUGAUGGGUCGACUCCAGAUUGUUCAGUUUAAUUUAAAUAGUGCAGUUAAACGAGAGAAUGAGAUGAAUUCUAAACUUAAGGUUUCCAUGGAACAGGUAAGUGCUAAAGAAGCUUCUUUUCAGAAGCUUGAAUCCAGCAGUACGGAUCAGACAGCCAGCCUAAAAGCCGACCUGAAGGAAGCUACGGAUAAAUACAUUCUUGCAAAUUCCAAGGUCUUCACUUUAAGCGAAAAAGUGAAUUCACUUGAGGAGCAACUGAAAGAAUCUGAGAUUAAGCUGCAGAAUGCAAAAGCUUCCUUGGAGGCAAGUCUGGAGCAGAAUAAUGUUUUUAAUUCUGAAAUAUGUGACAUGGAAAAUGUAAUUGACGAUCUGAAAAAAAAUGUUUCUGAAGCUGAAAGUAAAGCAGAGGGUGCUGAGGCCAAGUGUUUGCUUUUAACAGAGACUAACUUGGAACUUAACCAAGAGCUGGGUCUUCUUAAGAGCACUGGUAGUAACACAGAGAAGAAAAACUUUCUCGAGGAGCAGUUAAGGGAAGCUGAUAUAGAACUGCAACAUGCAAAGGCAUCUGCUGAAGCAAGUCAGGAGCAACAGAAUCUGUUGUAUUCUGCAAUUGAGGAUAUGGAAAAUUUAAUUGCGGAUCUGAAGUUAAAAGUUUCAAAAGCUGAAAGUAGGGCUGAAAGUGCAGAAGCAAAGUGUAUUCUAUUGUCUGAAACUAACAUGGAAAUUAAUGAGGAAUUGAGUUUUUUGAGGGGUAGAAUGGAUUCCUUGGAGUUAUCUUUACGUAAAGCUGAUAAUGCAAAAGUAGCAACUGCAAAGGACAUUAGCAUUAGGACCAAAGUUAUUACGGAUCUGGUCAUGCAAUUGGCAAGGGAAAGGGAGCGUGUCCAGAAGCAGAUAUCGUCAUUAAUAAGUGAGAACAAGAAUUUGGUGAAGUUGUUGAGGACAAAGGGUGUUUCUGUAGUGAUGAGUAACAAAGGGAAUGAAAAUAAUAGAGAACCUCCUGUUUCCAAGGAUGGUUUGGUUACUACAAUUUCUACCAAACUAUCCAAAGAAGCAGUUGUGGAAUCUUCUGAUACCGGUUUCCAGGUAAAAGAGCCAUUAAAAGAAGAACCUGUUCGUGCAACUGAUGUCGAAACUGCCAUUUCUGCAAAUGAUGCUGUCGGCGAGGACUCCAAGUCUGAAACCGUGAGAACAAUAGAGGCAAGGGAGCUGAUAAAGUCAAAGCAUCUUUUGGGGGCAAUUCUUGCCUUAAUUGUUUCACUGGCAGCUGUUUAUCUGUUUCAACACGAAAGCCUUUGGCCCAAUAACAGUUGAUCAGGUAUUUCAUGAGUAGUGAUUGUGGCAUGAGAUAGAGUUUUGUGAAUAAAUUCUCUUAUAUAGAAUCAUUGUAGCCUUAUUUUCCUACUUUGAUCACAAGGUUUUCAUUUUCA